AUGUCCAUACUUUAUAUUAAUAUUUUUCUAGCCUUUACCACAUCACUCACAGGACUAUUAGUAUAUCGAUCCCACUUAAUAUCUUCCCUCCUAUGUCUAGAAGGUAUAAUACUAUCCCUAUUUAUUAUAAUAACCGUAGCAAUCCUAAACAACCACUUUACACUAGCCAGUAUGACUCCUAUUAUCCUAUUAGUAUUUGCGGCCUGUGAAGCAGCACUAGGCCUAUCUCUACUAGUAAUAGUAUCAAAUACAUACGGCACUGACUACGUACAAAACCUAAACCUCCUACAAUGCUAA